AUGAGUGCCACGACGGCGGUGUCGAAGACCAAGGAGGAGGUGGCGGACCAGGAGGAGGCCCUCCUGCUCAAGAAAAAGAAGAAGGACGAGAAGAAGGAGAAGAAGGAGAAGAAAGCGAAAAAGACGAAGAAGGAGGGGGACGCGGACUCCGCAGUGAGGAAGACAACGAAGACGAAAAAGAAGACGAAGGAGGGAAGCGGCGAGGCGGCGGCGGACGGAGCCACCACCGGUGAGCUGAAGAAGAAAAAGAAGAAGAAGAAGCCAACGGCCAAAGGCGAAGACCAGAGCGAAGUCAAGAAGGACAAGAAGAAAAAGAAGAAGAAAAAGCCCGAAGGCGCUCCCUCCACCGGGACCGACGUCGAGCCCCGCAGCGUCCAACAGCUGGUCAAGGACGUGCAGGACGCCCCUACCACCCCGCCAGCCCCCAAGGCGGCGGGAGCUGCGACGGCAGCCCCGGCCGCUGAUGAUUCGGACGACGACGAUGAAGAGGCGGCGGCCUACCCGACCGAAACAUCCCAGGAGAAGGCCCUGCGGAUCAUCAAAGAAACGAAGGACAGCUGCCGGUAUGCUAUCGCACUCACCUCUCUGCAGCUGAAGGACGACCAGUUCCCGGAGGAGUUCUCCGAUCUCGAGGACAUCGCCACGUCGGUGGACCUGUCGUUCAAUCUGUUGGCCGACAUCCCUCUUCCGCUCCUCCUUCUGAGCAACUUGCAGAGACUCAAGAUGCAAAGCAACGUGCUGGAGAAAUUCUCUCUCCUCAGGGGCGCGUUCGCCUCGCUUCAGGAGUUGGACCUCAGCGGAAACAACCUCACCUCUCUUCCCAUCGAAAUCGGCUACCUGGCCAACCUGAGGGUGUUUGACGCCAGCAACAACCGGCUGGAGGCCCUGCCCGCCGAAAUCGGUGCUCUCACCAAGCUGGAGGAGUUCCGUCUCUCCGGCAACCUCCUGUGCGAGCUCCCCAAGACCAUCGGCAACUGCAGUCGGCUCGAGAUUCUCGACCUGGUGGGUUGUAAGCUGAAGCAGCUGCCAGACCAGAUCACCUACCUCUCCAAGCUGGUCGAGCUUGACGUCUCGGCCAAUCUCCUCGAGAGCCUGCCCGCCGCCAUCGGCCUGCUGCCUCGCCUCAACGAGCUCAAGGCCACCAACAACUCACUCACCGACCUCCCGUCUCCAUCGCCUGCAUUCCACACCUCCAGCUCCAACGCGCUGCUCAGCUUCCUCAAGGAGCGGCUCACGACCACCAUCGGCGACCCGAAGCAAGUGCGGGAGUACAUGAAGGGACUCGGCGAGCAGCGGGAGCCUCUGGUCCAAGUCACUGCUCCGCAGGACGGCAAGGGCGGCUUCGUGAUCCAGGAGAAGCUCAGCCACGAAAAGGAGGUGCAGCGGAAGGCCGAAACUGAGAAGAAGGACGUCGAACUGCGAGACAAGAUCCUGCAUCUCAAGAAGUUGUCGGUUGAUCAGUACUCGCGGGUCAACGAGUGGGUGUACGAGAUGAAGAACCGCAACUGGGCGCAGAACGACCCGCAGGCGUCGAUCCACCUGGCCACCUACGUCGGCCAGCUCAAGGGCCAGAUGGACGUCAUGAAGGAGAGGAUCGCCCCCUACGUCAUGGAGAACUACAAGACCGUCCAAGCCCAGGCCAUGAUGAUGAACGAAAAACGUGCGCAGGAGGGCGAAGACAAGAUGAUCUUGCUCAAGAAGUCGGUGGACGUGAGCCUGGACAACGUGAGCGUGGUCGUGCGGGCGCUGAUGAAGGGAAUCCGAGAGGAUCCGGACAUGGGCAAGGUCGUCCUGUUCGCCAAGGACCUGGUGACCUUCUACAACCACUUCGGCAAGUUCUUCGGCGAAGGCGCCGCUCCGGAGGCCGAACCCGCCCAGCCCCAGCAGUAG